ACAGAUAAGAGCCUCGGAGAUCGUCACGAAGGCCACGACGGUAUAGACGAUAACGACGACGAUAUCCUCCACGACAGCGAAGCAUCGUCACCCGAAGACUGCGGCAGAAAGUCGGCAGGCGACGUCGGUGGGAAGGAAAAUGGCGACACCAACAACCUGAGCAAUGGGACAAACGGAAGCAGCAAGAGCAGGCGACGUCGAACGGCGUUCACGAGCGACCAGCUGCUGGCCCUGGAGAAGGAAUUCAUCGGCAAGAAAUACCUCACAUUGAGCGAACGCGCCCACAUCGCACGCUUCCUUCAACUGAGCGAGGUGCAGGUCAAAAUCUGGUUCCAGAACCGCCGUGCCAAGUGGAAACGACUGAAAACGCACUCGUCCAUCCUAGGGGGCGGGAACCGAAGCGCUAACGGUGGCGGCGGUGGGGGCGGAGGAGGUGGGAAUGGGGGAGGGAACUCCAAGUUGGUCGUUCCUAUUCCGGUUCAUGUGAACAGGUUUGCUGUGAGAUCGCAAGAGCAGUGUAGACCAAGGAUGGUGGAGCCGAUGGGACAAGCUUCGCAACAUCCUCACGCUCUACAACAAAACCACCAAUCAUCGGGCCCUCUGGGAGCGACACACGGUGAAGGAAUAGCAGCAUUACGGAACAGCAUCACGUAAAACUUUCAACUAUAACAGAGUGUAAAUUGUCUCCAUUAUUGUAUUAGAUGUGUGACUCGAUUGAAUAUUUGAACUGAGACAUUCUACAGUUCCCACCCGCCCCAAAAAAGAUGUUGUGUAGUUUUGUAGCCGUGGGUGAUUAUUGCUUCCUGUAGUUUGCAACACGAUCUGAUCCCAUUUGCAAAUGCCAAAACAUUCGCGUGGCUUAAUCGGACUUUACUCGCCAUAUCACCAAAUCACCAAACCAAUACAUCAAAGACUUUGGGUAUUGCAGAGAUGUGAAUAAGGGUUUGAAUGUGUGCUGAAAUACGUUUUUACUUUAUGAUAGUUUACAUGCAAUUCGUUUUUUUAACUCUAUUGAAAAGCGAGAUGAAAAUCACAUUUUAUAGACCUACGCACUAGAACGUUCUUAAAAGCAAUUUAUUUCUAAUUCCAAUUUUAGCACUAUCACAGUUUUCUUUAAUUGCGCUGGUUUGGUUUAAAAAAAUGAAGCAAAUCACGAUUAUUGUCCCUUUUUUCUCAAAAAUCUCAUAAAGAAUCAAGUCUAUAUAUAUUUAUAAGAGAAUUUAAUAUGAAUAAUAUACAAUAUCAAUUUUCCAUUUCAGUGGCAUCUUAGAAGGCCUAGAUUUAAGAAAUUAGAAAUAUGUCAGUAACAUGAGCGCAAACGAGACAACAGAUAGUGUUAAGUAUUAAAACAAGAAAACUUGUGUGACAUUUUUUAAAACUUCUUUCCAAUAUCUCAAUAUGAAAAAGAAAAUGAACUGCAACGAUCUAUGAAUACGCAGACAUUACACAGUAAAUAGUGGCAUUUUUUGCAGUCGUUGGGUUGAAAUUGUGCUGCGUUAUAACGACAAUGCCCUCCAACAAUGAAGAUUGAAAUGACCUAUUCAAAAAAUGUUAGAGUCGAUCAUCAGGGAGAUUUGUUCACCAUUACUUAUCGCUUACCACCACAAGAAGAAGUGCAAUAUUUCCUUAUUAUAUUAUAUAUGUAAAUGAAGUUUAUUUUAUGGUACCCGAUUUUCAUCUGACCAUCAUGCUGUAUUCUGAAUUAUUUUUGGAAUUCUUACAUUCUUAGCUUGAAAGUAGGUCAAAAGCUGCACAAAUCGACACCGUUAUCAUGGUUAUUUGUCGUAUGCUUCAAAAUAUGACUAAUUCAACAGACAUACGUCACAGUGGCUAUAGUAUUUUUUAAAAAAUAAAACUGGCUAUAUAUGAGUCUAAGUUUUUGUUCCACACACAAUUGAAACCGUUUUGUUUAUUAUUCUAACAAAAUGGCGCUGACGUAUCGGAACAGAAGUAGUUAACAAAGAAAGGGGUAGAUUUGAGUAUUGAUAACGAUAAGUUUGCUUGGUAGCUUCGAAUUUACAGAUCUUUAUCGUAUUCCCAAGCAGGUGUUGUGCAUUGGGUGUUUGGGUUUUGGAAAGCUGGAGGGUGAUAGAAAAGGUUUAAGGUCUGAUUCUGUAAUACUAUAACACGAUAACAUGCCCUAGAUCCAUACAGAACACCUGAUCUAGAAUUCGAGAGUAUUUCACGAGACAAACGACGGGCGCACAAAGGGACGUUCCAGACGAUCUAAACUUCAGUUCGAAAGGUUAAAUGUUGAUAUACGAUUUCACAUCGAAAUCCAAAUUCUGGAUCUGUCACCCCUGUUUUAAACGUGCCAAUUAGAUUUGUAGGGCGAGCUAUCCUUGUUGUUAAUCCAUCUAAGCGCUUACGUUUAAGGAGGACAGUGUUUUGUUUAGAUGGCUAAUAGAAGGAAGAUAUAACACGAAAGGUAAAUUGUCACUAUAAAGAGGGUCAGGACGUACCCCGACUGAGGAAAAAAGGUGUAAUUGAAGAAGCGCGCCACCUAUCUAAGGAUUAGCUAAAUGAAAAAUAAUAAUACUCGUUCCAAUAUUGUACAGAGGUACCGGCCAGUUUGAACAUGUAAGUAUAUCUAUUUGUUAAGAAUGAACAGAAUUAUCACGUGGAACGUCGUUUUUAUCCUUUCAGAGUAUUGUAAAUAAUUAUGAGUGUGUAAGUUAAACAAGGAGUGUUAAACAGUUUCAUAUGUGACAUAACGAGAACAAAGAAAUAAAAACCACAAUAAUGGUGCUACUUGAACGUUA